AUGGCUGGGGGGGUGUGGGGCCGGGCCCGGGCCCGGGGAGGCCCUGUGGGGGCCCUCACCCUGACCGCUCUGGCUGAAGGGAUCCAGGCCAACCAGGGGCAGCCCGCCAGACCCCCUCCCAAGGGCCCUGAGCCCCAGCCUGAGCUGGAGCCCGAGGCGCAGCCUGGAAGUGUAGCCGCAGCCUCCCCCACGGCCGCCCCGGAGCCCGGCUCCCCUCCCCGGAGGCAGGAGCCGGCCCCCGAGGGGCCCCGGCAGACCCCCCCGAGCUCCUGGGAGCAGGGGGCCCUGGCUGACCUGGCGCUGUGCAUGGCGGCCUGCCUGGAGGAGGCGGGCCUCUCGGGAACACAGGCCACGGCGCUCACUCUGUCCUCGGCCCUGGAAGCCCGGGGGCAGCGGCUGGAGGACCAGGUGCAGGCCCUGGUGCUCGGGCUGCUGGCGCAGGUGCCCAGCCUGGCCGAGGGGAGGCUCCGGCACGCAGCCCUGCGGGUGCUGAGCUCGCUGGCCCUGGAGCACUCCCGUGAGGUGGUGGGCGCUCUGCUGCCCUGCUCUCUGCCCCCGGACCGGGCGGCGGCCGAGCUGUGGCGCAGCCUGAGCCGGAACCAGCGCGUGAACGGGCAGGUGCUGGUGCAGCUGCUGUGGGCGCUGAAGGGCGCGGCGGGACCCCAGCGGGAGGCACUGGCAGCCACGCGCGCCCUCGGGGAGAUGCUGUCCGUGUCCGGCUGCGUGGGCGCCACGCGGGGCUUCUACUCGCACCUGCUCCUGGCGCUGGUCACUCAGCUGCACGCGCUGGCCCGGGGCCCAGGCUCCCCCGGCGCCCACAAGGGGUGGGCCGCCGGUGACCGGGGACCACCGCACGGCCACUCCAGCUGCGCCGUGGAGGCCUUGAAGGCCCUGCUCGCCGGGGACGGCGGCCGCAUGGUGGUCACCUGCAUGGAGCAGGCGGGAGGCUGGAGGCGGCUGGCCGGAGCCCACACCCACCUGGAGGGGGUCCUGCUGCUGGCCAGCGCCAUGGUGGCCCACGCGGACCACCACCUGCGGGGCCUCUUCGCCGACCUGCUGCCCCGGCUGCAAAGCGCCGAUGACACCCAGCGCCUCACGGCCAUGGCCUUCUUCACCGGGCUGCUGCAGAGCGGGCCCACCGCGCGGCUCCUGCGGGAGGAGGCCAUCCUGGAGCGGCUGCGCGCCUGGCAGCGCGACCCCGAGCCCACGGUGCGCUGGCUGGGCCUGCUGGGCCUCGGCCACCUGGCGCUGAACCGCGGGAAGGUGCGGCACCGGCGGGCGCUGCUGCCCGCGCUGCUGGGCGCCCUGGGCGAGGGCGACGCGCGACUCGUGGGCGCCGCGCUGGGCGCGCUGCGGAGGGUCCUGCAGCAGCCGCGGGCGCCCGUGCGGCGCCUGAGCACCGAGCUGGGCUCGCGCCUCCCGCCGCUGCUGGACGACGCCAGGGACCCGGUCCGCGCCGCGGCGGUCGGGCUCCUGGGGACGCUGGUGCGGCGGGGCCGGGGCGGGCUCCGCGUGGGCCUUCGAGGGCCGCUGCGGAAGCUGGUGCUCAGGAGCCUGGUGCCCCUGCUGCUGCGCCUGCACGACCCCAGCCUGGAUGCUGCCGAGAGCUCCGAGUGGACGCUGGUGCGCUGUGCCGGCGCCCUGCGCUGGGGGCUGCUGGAGGAGGUGGUCGCCGUGGCCCACUACGACAGCCCCGAGGCCCUGAGCCGCAUCUGCCGCCGCCUGGUGCGGUGGUACCCGGGCCACGUGCCCGGCUUCCUGAGCCAGACCCAGGGCUACCUGAGGAGCCCGCAGGCGCCCCUGCGCCGGGCCGCGGCCGUGCUCCUGGGCCUCCUGGUCCACCACAGCAGCCCCCGCCGCUUCAGCCAGGACCUGCUGGACUCCCUGUUCCGCGACCUGGGGCAGCUGCAGAGCGACCCCGAGCCGGCCGUGCUCGCCGCGGCGCAAGUGUCCUGCCAGCAGGUGGCGCUGCUGGCCCGCGCGCAGGGCCGAGGGCAGGGCCCGCGCUUCCCCCGCCUCCGCCUCCGCCUCCGCCGCGCCCGCCCCGCCCGGCUGCCGCCCGUCUACCCCGACAGCCCCUUCCAGCGCCGCAGCCGCGGGGGCCGCUGGGGCUGCUCCCCACCCGGCUGA